UUUUGACAAACGGUGUGUGUGUGUAAUUUCUCACUGUAACCACUUUUGGAAUCUAGGGCACUACUGCUCCGGCGAGGAGGAGCAAAAAAAAAAAGACACAUUUUUGAAGAACCAUAAGAGACGAUUCCGUUUUACCUUCAGCUACACUAGUGACGGAUUCUAUUUGAGCUUUCUAUUUCUAAUUUUAGACAUUGAAAAAAAAUGGGAAAGACUCCAAGUCCUGGUAAAUGGAUCAAGUCUCUUCUUGGCAAGAAGUCAUCCAAAUCUAGUUUGGACAAAGCAACCGACAAAUUGAGAUCUGCAAAGAAAGAAGAGCUUGUGGUGAAAGUGAAGGAUAUUACUAAUAACGAUGUCUCAGAGUCAGACUUACCUACCAACAAUUCCUCUCCGGUUGUAGUUUCAUCACAAGAAGUUUCAGCUACACAAACCGUACUAGUCCCCCCAGAUGUUGUUGUAGUCCCUGAGAAGCAGCCAAGCGGAGGAGGAGACGUUGAACCAAAUGCUAAUAAUGACACAGAAGAAGAACUCAAGCUCCAAGAAGAAGAUGCUACAAAGGCCUGUGAAGAGUUUCAAAAGCUUAAAGGUGUCGUAAAGCUGCAAGCGGUUGUCCGUGGUCGCUUGGUUAGAAGACAAGCUGUUGCUACGUACUCUUGCAUUUGGGGAAUUGUGAAGUUACAAGCUCUUGUCCGUGGGAAGAUAGCUAGAUCUUCAGACACUGUGGUCCAGCUUCAGAAAACACUGGUUCAUUCUGAAACUCUGCGAGGAAGCAGAUACAGUUGGCUUGAGGGUUCCACAAAGCUCUCCAUGAUUGAUAAGAUUCUAGUUUCGUCACCAACGGUAUCGCCUCUGAAGAUUCAGUAUGGUCCUGAGGAUCCUAACUCAGCCAAGGUGUGGCUUGAGCGCUGGACAGAGCUGCAGGUCUGGGCUCCUGGUCCACUGGUUGUUAAGAGCCUGGUUCCGAAAACUCAGACAAAGAAGCGAAGUUUUCAAGCAGUUGAAGCUGACAAGGGAAAACUUAAGAGAGGUGGUGUGAAGAAACAAGCACCCGGUGGUGGUUUAAACACUGGGAAUGGCUCUAGCAGCAGCGGGCGUUCUACUACAGCUGAAAACGACAAGCCUAAGAGAAGUGUGAGGAAGGCUUCGACGCUUGGUAAUAAAGAGGUUUCAAAUGAUAAGCCUAAGCAGACUUCGAGAAAGAGUACAAGCGCCGUAAAGGAAGAGAAGCCUAGGAUUAGUCUCAAGAAGUCUUCACUUUCUAAUGGGGUUGAGAAACCUACACGCACAUCCGCCGAGAAGAAUAAGAAAGAGAUUGUUGAUUCAGUGCAGAAAGAAGUGUCUGGUGGUGAUAAGGUCUCACCUUCUGUGGUUGAUACUCCUGAAGAAGAAGAGGUGAAAGAGAAGUCUGAAACAGUUUCCAAAGAUGAGAAGCAAGAUGAACUCAAAACUGAAGAGACAAAUGACAAAGCAGAAGAAGAAGAAGAGAUACAAGAGCCAGACGUGCAGAUAAGCUGUGAGAAUGGGAACGCUGCUCCUGAGAACACAAAGCAAAGCGAUAGACGAGCUUCGCUGCCUGCAAAGAUCGAAAACCAUCAUCAAGACGAUGGGGCAGCAACAACACAUAGCGGGAGAAAGAUCCCAAGCUACAUGGCUCCAACUGCAUCUGCAAAGGCGAGAGUAAGAGGACAAGAAGGGUCUCCGAGGUUUGGUCAAGAGAAGCCUAAUGGAACAACGAGGCGACACUCUCUUCCUCCUGGAGCCAAUGGGAAGCUGAGUGCAAUGUCUCCUAGAGCUCACAGACUUCUCAUAGCUUCAGCUAAGGGAUCAUCAAUGAACAGUGACAGAUCUUUUUCGUCUUCCAAGGAUAUUGGUGAUAAAUCGACCAAAGCUGAGUGGAAACGGUGAAUUCCUUUUUUGAGCCAAUAGAGAAGGCAAUCCUGAUCGGUCUUAAGACUGUUGGACAAAGCUCUGAAACCUUUUUUUAAUCAUUUUUAGCUGUUUUGUUUCUAUGUUUCCUUCCUGUGUGUUUUAGUUUGGUUUGCUUUUGUUGUGGUGAGGAGUGUUUGACAUGUUUCUGUUUAGUUUUUUACUCUUAGAGAUGCUUUUGUCUUCACAAAACAAAAAAGGGUUUUCUAGUAUAUAGUUCUUCUUACAA